CAGUAGAUUACAGUUGAACAUUUCACAUACUCCCAAACGCACACUGGCACUCGCUCGUGACUCGAAAAUGGUUAAGCUUUUUGUUUGUAAUUUGUUGUUACUUUUCGCAUCCGUGGCAUACGCUUCACCAAUUGAAGCCAAUUCUUUCUUAGUUUCAGUACAAGGAACCGGCGGCGAUGUAAUCUGUGUGGGCGCGUUAGUCAGUGAGGACAUUGUUGUGACGACUGCACAGUGUCUGGCUUUCUAUGAUGUUUCACAACUGGUCGUCGCUGUAAACAAUCGCGACGUAGAAAUCCCAAUUGCAGCUUCUGGCUUCGAUGCAAAAUUCGACUUUGUUACUAUGGAGGAUAAUGUAGCCGUAUUGAAAUUAGCCAAACCGGUGAAAGCUGACUACAUCCAGUUGGCCCAAGAACAACCAGCGACCGGUGCUAAUGGUGUAGUCUACUCUUGGGGUGAAGGCAACAGCGUGGUCAAUGUGCCAGUCAGCCUUAUAAGUCAGGACGAGUGUGCCUCUGGUAAAUAUGGUUACGAUGAUGAUGAAGUGCUUGACACCAUGUUGUGUGGCUUGGUGGAAAAUAGUCAAUCUUGUGUUGGUCGUUUCGGAAGUCCUGUCGUUUCCGGCAAUAAACUGGUUGGCUUGACAUCGUGGGGUGGUUGCGGCAAUAAUGGCAAACCAGCUGUUUUCACUGACAUUCCUUCAUUGCGCCCAUGGAUCGAUCAGUUCAUUAAAUCGCUUAAUUGAAUAUAUAAUUUGAAAUUGAAAAUUCCAAUCGAAACGAAUGAUUAAUUGAAGGCAUAAACGUAAUUAAUUUGUGAAAAAUGAAUAAAACAUUUAACUGCAAACUUUAA